GGUACUUAUUAUCGUCAGUAGCGGGCCAACAACUUGUCAACCGGUCGUGUAUAAUAAUUACAAUUCACAACGAGAAAAUGCUCAAACUACUCAGGGGUAUACGGCGAUUAAAGAACCAAAAUCGGCAAUAUCACGGCGCUACAGUUAUAGGUAGCGAGCCGAAUAAAAAUGACCCCUACUACCAAGAAAAUAAGGAUAGAAUGGACGAACUUGUUGAGGAACUUCGUCAAAAAACAAACGUUGCUGUCAAAGGCGGACCCGAUGAGGCGAUAAAAAGGCACACGGCGAGAGGAAAAUUGCUUGUACGCGACAGGAUUAACCGGUUAGUGGACGAAGGGAGUGAUGUCUUAGAACUAAGCACGUUAGCCGCAGACGGCUUGUACAAAGGCCAGGUUCCGAGCGCGGGAAUAGUCACAGCUAUAGGCAAAGUUCAGGGUCGCGAUUGUAUGAUCGUCGCGAAUGACGCGACAGUUAAAGCCGGAACAUACUUUCCAAUUACCGUGAAGAAGCAUCUACGGGCGCAAGCAAUUGCACAGGAAUGUCGACUUCCGUGUAUUUAUCUUGUCGACUCGGGCGGCGCUCAUUUACCGGACCAGGCUGAUGUGUUUCCAGAUAGAGAACACUUUGGCAGAAUUUUUUAUAACCAAGCCAAUAUGUCAGCGGAUGGAAUACCCCAGAUUUCCGUUGUGAUGGGAUCGUGCACAGCAGGAGGAGCUUACAUACCGAGUAUGUCUGAUGAGAGUAUAAUUAUUAAAGAACAGGGCACUAUUUUCUUAGCUGGCCCCCCAUUAGUCAAAGCAGCGACAGGAGAGACCGUGUCAUCUGAAGACUUAGGUGGCGCUGACCUGCACUGUCGGCAGUCGGGAGUCACAGAUCACUUCGCAUUGGACGAUGAACAUUCUUUAUGUUUAGCAAGGAAUGUAGUCGCAAAUUUAAACUGGAACAAUGAUCAAAAAGCAAGGAUAUACCCUACGAAUGUCGAUGAACCCAUUCACGAUAUCGACGAUCUGCACGGCAUUGUAGGAGCAAAUAUACAACGACCUUUUGACAUCCGUGAAGUUAUAGCUCGUGUUGUUGAUGGCAGUAGAUUCCACGAAUUCAAACAACUCUAUGGAGAGACUUUAGUAUGCGGCUUCGCUUCUAUUUAUGGGCAUCCAGUUGGUGUAAUAGGAAAUAAUGGUGUAUUGCAAUCGGAAGCUGCUUUGAAAGGCUCACAUUUCAUUCAGCUUUGCGCGGCACGUAAAAUACCGUUGCUAUUCCUUCAGAAUAUAACCGGUUUUAUGGUGGGAAGGGAAGCGGAGGCUGGUGGUAUUGCUAAGAAUGGUGCGAAAAUGGUGACCGCCGUGAGUUGUUUCAAGGGCCCUAAAAUAACUGUUCUUGUUGGAGGCAGUUUCGGGGCAGGGAAUUAUGGUAUGUGCGGUCGGGCUUAUUCGCCGAGUUUCUUAUAUAUGUGGCCAAAUGCGAGAAUUUCAGUGAUGGGUGGUCCUCAGGCGGCGACUGUGUUGUCUUUAGUAUCUAAAGAUAAAGCAGAGAGGUCGGGCAAGGUAUGGACUGAAGAAGAUGACAGGAGAGUUAGAGCACCUUUAGAAAAUCAAUUCGAAAUGGAAGGAAAGCCAUACUUUAGUACAGCCAGAAUAUGGGACGAUGGAAUCCUCGCUCCAAGGGAUACAAGAAAAGUUAUAGGACUUAGUUUAUCUGCGGCAUUAAAUGCGCCAUUUAAAGAGAGUAAAUUUGGUGUGUUCAGAAUGUAAGAUAAGUUUGUUAAUUAAUGUAAAUUCUCUUAUCAGUGGUAUGUACGAAUUCAAGACUGAUAUACAAAUUACAUAUACUAUUAUAAUAAAGUAUAAUACUUCAACGUAUCUAUUACACAAUCUCAAAAUAUAAGAUCUUAUAAUAUAAUGUUAUUAAAUAUUAUCUGUAACGCAAGUAUAAUAAAAUUAUUUUUGUUA